AUGGGAUUAAUUAAUGAAGGAGGAGGGGCUGGAACCUGGUCACCUGUCAACGUUGCCAAGUGCAGAGCGAGUCUUGUCGACAGGAGCUCCACGUCCCAGAUCGUGGGGGGACACCCGGCUCCCCGCGGGGCCUGGCCCUGGACUGUCAGCCUCCAGAUCCGCCAGUUCGCCGCCAGGUUCACCCACGUCUGUGGGGGGGUCUUAAUUAAUGAGAACUCGGUGCUCACGGCGGCCCACUGCAUCAAGGGAAGGAGGAAGCCAUAUUUCUGGAAAGUAGUUCUGGGUGUGCAGAACCUCCGGAAACCCGGCAAAUACGGAACCACGAGGAGCAUCCGGAGCGUCAUUGUGCACCCAAACUUCAACAGACAGACCUUUGACAACGACAUCGCGCUGCUGGAGCUGAGCUCUGCUGUCCAGUACAGCAGCAACAUCCAGCCCAUCUGCCUGGGCCCCCCAGACCUGCCCCCCAACACCCACAACCACACCGAAUGUUUCAUCAGUGGCUGGGGACGGACGUCAGAGAAAGGUAAAACUACAGAAGUGUUACAAGAAGCACAAGUAGAAAUCAUCCCUUCCAGUGUCUGUAACCACUCAGAUGCCUAUGGAGGGCUGAUCACCAAGAACAUGAUUUGUGCUGGCUCUAAAACUGGAGGCGUUGAUGCCUGUCAGGGUGACAGUGGUGGCCCCCUGGCCUGUUACCAGAGAGACACCAACGAGCACCACCUCAUUGGCAUCACCAGCUACGGGCAGGGCUGCGGCCGCGCCCGCUUCCCUGGGAUCUACGUCCGUACGUCCCAGUACAGAGGAUGGAUUGAAUCUGAACUUCUGUUGAGAAACAAGGCUGGGAGACCCGUGAGCAUCUCACUUCCCAUCCUUCUGACUGUGAUUCCCACAAUCUUGGUGCAGAAUUUCUAG